AUGGCCAAGCAUCCUUAUUAUCCGCUUGACCUCGAGCUGCGCGGCUACACGGAGAACGCUGCCGGCCUGACCUCGCUCUUUGCCGCCUUCUCGACCGGUGUUUCGGUCAUCCUGGGCACGGCCCUGCUUCUUUCGCGGCGAUACCGCCCGUCCAUCAGCCCGCUCGACGGCUCCCUCGUGCUGUGGUUCGUGUUGUCCGGUUCUCUCCACUGCUUCUUUGAAGGCUACUUCAUCUUGAACCACUCGCGCAUGCCCGCCGCCCAGGAUUUCUUCGGCCAACUGUGGAAGGAGUACGCAAAGUCGGAUUCCAGGUACCUAGCCGCCGACCCGCUCGUCCUGACGCUUGAGACAAUUACUGUGCUUAUCUGGGGCCCGCUCUCGUUCCUGACGUCGUGGUGCAUUGUCUCGGAAUCGCCGUACAGGCUCCCGCUCCAGGCUCUCGUCUCCACCGGGCACCUCUACAGUGAUACGCUCUACUACGUGACGAGUUUUCUGGACAUGAGGCGAGGUGUGCUUCACUCCCGGCCCGAAGCCCUGUACUUUUGGGUGUACUUUGUUGUCAUGAACGCAUUGUGGAUCAUCGUCCCUGCGUACAUCCUCUAUCAAAGUAUCACGGGAUGCGCGCAGGCGGUUGCCACAGCGAAGAAGUCGACCAAAAACGGCUCGGCGGCGGGAUACCGCAGGGAAAACCCGAGGAUAACGGCCAUGAAAAAGAUCAAGGCCCUCGCCCGUUCUCAGUCGCAAUGA